CUGCUGCGAUGGAGAUGCCGGCGGUCCCUGGGGAUCCGGAGGCUGCCACGGGCCCUGGCGCAGUGCCCAGGAGCCGCCGGAGCACGCGGGAGCCGGGCCUGAGGCUUCUCCUCCUGGGAAAACACGGCGCGGGGAAGAGUGCCACGGGGAACAGCAUCCUGGGCCGUGAGGCGUUUGCGUCCAGAUUCAGGGCGCAGGCGGUCACCACAGAGUGCCAGAGUGCGCACGGGACUGUGCGGGACACGGAGCUCGUGGUCAUCGACACCCCCGACCUCUUCUCGAGCGUCAGCGACGAGGACCAGCGUGGCCACCUUCAGCGCUACGCGGAGCUCUCAGCUCCCGGCCCCCACGCGCUGCUUCUGGUCAUCUGUGUGGGCAAGCGCAUGACAGAGGACGCGGAAACCAUCCAUCGCGCCAAGUGCAGAUUUGGACGGGAGAUCGGGAAACAUAGCAUCGUGGUCUUCACCAGGAAGGAUGAGUUGGGGGAGGACUCCCUGGAUGAGCUCGUGGAGAGCGACAAGGCCCUAAGGGCGCUGGUGCAGGACUGCGGGGGCCGGUACUGCGCUAUUGACAACAAGGCCUCGGGGGCGGAGAGGGACGCGCAGGUGUCCGAGCUCCUCUGCAAGGUAAAGGGUCUGGUGGACCAGAACGGAGAACAGCCCUAUUGCCUGGACCUCGGAAAGGAACACAGUGAAUUGCAGGAUACCAUGAAUGAAAGAUGUGACAAUUCACAUGGGUCCGAGGAGAUGCAGCUGCAGUCGGCCGGCAGUGAGCUGGCCCCCGAGACAUCAGAACUGAGGGUCCUGCUGGUGGGCAAGCACGGCGCGGGAAAAAGCACAGUCGGAAAUCGCCUUCUGGGGGAGCAGGUCUUUGACACCGGAUUCAGUGAAGAACCCAUGACCACAAAAUUUCAGUCUCAGAGUAGAGUCUGGGAAAAUAGGAACAUUUUGAUCAUCGAUUCUCCAGACAUCUCAUCUCCAGAUAGUUUUAAGCGGGAGUUUCAGAGACCCACACUUGGGGACCCCCAUGUCAUCCUGAUGGUGAUUCCCAUCGGCUCGUACUCCGAGAAAGAUGAAGAUCUGCUGGAAACCCUUCGAAGAAGUUUUGGAAACAAAAUCUUUGAGCACAUGUUCAUUCUCCUCACCAGGGAAGAAGAUAGACGUCAGAGUACAGAAACUUUAAAGGCUAGAAAUCAUUCUCUCAGUAAGCUCCUCAAGGAGUGUAAUGAUCGAUACAUAUUCUCCAACUUCAAAGCAGUGGGGGAGGAGGAACAGCAGCAGGUGGAUCAGCUCCUGCAAGAACUCGUGAUUCUGACGCAGCAGAAUGCGAAUAAGCCAUGUGCCAUGGUAAAGGAAGAUGAGAAUGUUUGA